AUGGCCAACCCCAACCGACCCCCCCUCGACGAAAUCGUCCAUCAACGCCCGGACAUAAUCCAGUACCACCUCUCCCAGGUCCCCGGCGUCGGCCCCAUGGACGAGAACAUGAUCCACACCUACAUCUCCGAGUCCCCCUUUUUCGACCACGCGACCAACAACGGCCUCGCCUUCCUCCAAGCCAAGUCAAAUCAGCAGUUGUUCGAGACGACGUGGAAUCGCGCGGCGUUUGAGGAGUACUUGCGGAAGCAGCGGGGGGUGGAGUUUCUGAUUACUGGGGAUCCGGUGCCGGUGCAGCAGGGGCAGAGGCAGGAGGGCGUGGGGGGUUGGGCGGGGACGGGGAAGACGGGCGUGUAUAAUAUUAAAAAGCAGGAGCGGAAUUAUGUGCAGGGGAGAGGCGAGGAGUUGACGACGCUGGGGAGUUACUACUUGGUCGGGGAGAACAUGUAUCAAGCCCCCGGCGUCGGUGACAUCGUCUCCAACCGCCUCAUCGCCGCGACGAACCACCUCUCCUCUUUCCUCGAAACGGCUUCGAACCUCCCAGCCUUCGACCCGAGUACAGGCUACACCUACCCCCCUCACACCACCACCGUUUCGAAAUCCGCCUCUGCCUCCGGCACAGACACCCCCGCGCGCUCCCGCAGCACCUCCCUCGUCCCUGGCGCCACAGACUCGCAAUCUCUUCGUUCCGGCUCCCUCGCUCCAGACGCCUCGAGUACGACUCAAGCUUCAGGCACCAGCGCUGUCGACCGCGCAGCAACGCGCUUACUCACGCAGUCGCUGCAGCUAAGCAUGGAAUUCGGCAGCGAGUACAGCGACGAGAACCCCCUCCACGGCACGCCGGGUAACUUCAGCUUCACGCACUCCGCUGCCGCUGUUAAGAAGAAACGCGCAGAAGAAGCGGCUGCUGAAGCCGCGGCGUUGGCUGCUAAAGAAGCUAAGGCUGGUGCCGCGGCAGCGACGACGACGAAUGGAGAGGUGGCAGGCCCAUUCGGAAGGAAAGUCGCGUCCCCACCCGCGGUGAUGACGGAAGCGAAGAGUGGCGUUGCGGGGUUGAAGGAGCGGGAGAAGGAGAGGAGGGGGAGUAAGAUGGAUGGAUCGAAGGUGAGGCGGAAGAAGAGUAAGGGCGUUAAUGCUGCUGUUACGCCUGGUGGGGCGGGGGCAAGUGGCGGUAGUUAA